CUCCAGUUCGGCUUCAUUGCAGAGUUUGACGUUUCACGGUUGGAAGCAAAGAGGAUCUCACCUGGUUCUUUAACCAAGCAUUGGGUUUCCAGCUGAAGUAGAUUUAUCCUGCAGUGACAUUAUGGCGACAGCAUCAACAGUGUCAGAAGGUUUGCAACCUGUGAGGCGGCGCAGCAGCUUUGCAUUUCUGCCACCUGACUUGUCUGAGCUGAGGGUAGUUCUGCUGGGGAACAGCUGGGCUGAGAGGAGUUCAGUGGGGAACUUCAUACUGGGAGAGACUGUGUUCAACACUGAGGAAGAACCAGACCGGUGUCUGAGAGUCAGUGGAAAGUUAAAAGGAAAAGAAAUAGUCCUUAUCAACACCCCAGAUCUGCUGCAUCCCAACAUCACCCAAUGGAAACUUUCACAAUGUGUAAAAACCUGUGUGAGGCUCUCUGAUCCUGGACCUCAUGUGUUCCUGCUGGUUCUACAGCCUGAGCACUUCACUGAGAAACACAAUCUGAGACUCUGCAGAUUCCUGCAACUCUUUAGUGAUCAAUCAUUCAAUCAUUCACUGGUAUUAAUAUCACCACCCAAAGAGGGGAAUUCAAGUUUCAAUGCAAAUGUUAUGCAACAUCCACCAUUAAAAGACCUGAUCAGAAUGUGUAGAAACAGAUAUGCGAGUCAGAACCUUGACCAUUCAGAGCUGUUAACACGUUUAGGUCAAACUGCAAAGAAGAACAAUGGAGAGCAUGUGAGCUGUGAUGUGUUUGAGGAUGCAGGUUUGAUCAUGGCACCAAAGUCUGAACACAUCAAACCAGCUUUAAACCUGGUUCUGUGUGGGAGGAAAGGAGCAGGGAAGACUUCAGCAGCCGAGGCCAUUUUAGGUCAGAGAGAGCUUCCUUCAGUCUCCAACUCCUCAGAGUGUGUUAAACAUCAGGGAGAGGUGUGUGGACUAAGGGUUUCCCUGGUGGAGCUCCCUGCUUUGUGUGGAACACCUCAGGAGGAAGUGAUGGAGGAAUCAUUCAGCUGUAUCUCCCUCUGUGAUCCUGAAGGCGUCCAUGCCUUCAUCCUGGUCCUACCUGUGGGUCCCCUCACUGAUGAAGACAAGGGAGAGUUAGAGACCCUCCAGAAGACAUUCAGCCCUCAAGUCAACGACUUCACCUUGAUUCUGUCCACUGUGGAGUCAGAUCCUACAGCUCCAGCUGUUGUUAACUUUCUAAAGAAGAACAAGGACCUCCAGGAGCUCCGUCAGAGAUGUGGAGGAAGACAUGUUGUUCUCAACAUCAAGGACCAGCAGCAGAUCCCAGAGCUGUUGGAUGCUGUGCAAGAGAUGAGAGAUAAAGGAUGUAGGAGCUUCACAAAGGACAUGUUCACCAAGGCUCAGAUGGAGAAGGUUGUAGAGCUGGAACAGAACAGAGAGUGUCUCAGGAUGGUGCUGAUUGGGAAGACUGGCAGUGGGAAGAGUGCAACUGGAAACACCAUUUUGGGAAAAGAAUAUUUUGAAUCAUUUGUCAGCUCAAAGUCAGUGACCAAGUUUUGCAAGAAAGCAACAGGAGAGAUUGACGGACGUCCUGUCGCUGUGGUGGACACCCCCGGUCUGUUUGACACAACACUGUCCAAUGAUGAAGUUCAAGAGGAGAUGGGGAAAUGCAUCAGCUUGUUGUCUCCUGGACCUCAUGUGUUCUUACUGGUGCUGCCGAUCGGCCGAUUUACCCAGGAGGAAAAAGACACUGUGGAACUGAUCAAAAAAUGUUUUGGCAAGAGAUCUGGAGAUUUCAUCAUCCCUAUAAUCACCAGAGGAGAUGAGCUGAAGGGUCGAACAAUAGAGAGUUACAUACAAUCUGAUGACCUCUUGAAGAAACUGAUCAAUGACUGUGGAGGGAGAUACCAAGUCUUCAAUAACAAUCAGACCGACCGCAGGCAAGUCAGAGAGCUGAUGGAGAAGACCAACAACAUGCUGAAGGAAAAUGGUGGCAGCUGCUUCACCUCAGAGAUGUUUCAAGAGGCCGAGGCGGCCAUAAAGAAGGAAAUUGAGAAGAUCCUGAAGGAGAAGGAAGAAGAAAUGCAGAGAGAGAAGGAGGAGCUGCAACGAAAACACGAGGAGGAAAUGGAACCAGUGAAGAGAAAAAUGAAACAAGAGAGAGACGAAAGUGAGAAGAGGAGAGACAGACAGCUUCAAGACAUUGAGGAAAAUAUCAACAAGGAACGAGAGGAGAGAAGGAGAGAUGAGGAGAAGAGAGUGGAAGAGGAGAAGGAGAAGAAAAGGCAGGAAGAAAUUCAACGAAUGGAAUGGGAGAAAAAACUUGUGAGUGGAGUGAUGGAGCAGAGUAACAAAGAGAGGGAAAAGCAAAAAGAAGAAUGGGAGAAGGAGAGAGAAGCAGAGCGGAUCAGACAACAAGAAGAAAAUGAAAAGAUACGACAAGAGGAGAAAACAACACUUCAAAGGAUGCAAGAAGAGUACAAGCAGGAAAAAGAAAAACAUGAACAACUAAGAAAAGAAGAAGAGAGAAAGAGAAGAGAACAGGAGGGGAAGAAACAAAUGGAGGAAAGCUAUAAAGAAGAGGCCAGAAAACAAGCUGAAGAAAACAGUGAUCUAAAAAGAAAAAUCGAAAGCCUUGAAGAAGAACUGAAAAAGAAAGGCAAGUGCACCAGCCAAUGAUCUUCAUACUGACUCUUCAUCAUCACGUCAGCAGAUAGAGCAUCAUGUCCUCUUCAUUGAACAGCAGAUUUCUGGAUGAUAAUUCUCAAACAGGGUCCAUCAGGCCACUCUGAGACAUUUCCACUUUGUGAGUAUUUAUUAUAACCCAUCCCAUAGUUUUGUUUCUAUGCAUUAUGUUGUUUAACCAGCUGUAGUAGAAUGUUUCACUUUUUAAUUGUCAAUAGUUGAACCAAACCUCGAGGUUCAGAUUAAAUGUUGUCUGUUUUAUGGUCAAAUAACUUCAGUAAUGUACAGAUCAGUUGGUCAAGGUGCAUCUUUUUAACAUGGUGUGCUUUUCAGUGAGUAAAUACAUUUAUUAAAUCAAUCAUGCUAUGGAAAAUGUUUAAUCAAUCAAUCACAAAUGAUUUUUAUAUCACACAUUUUACAUGUGUUUAAUAGAGGGUUUAAUGCAAUAGUAAAGCUAUCUUUAUUGUUGUCAACAUGAAUAUUGAAGUCACCCACGAUAAUGACUUUAUCUGUUUUAAGCACUAAAUUUGCCUCUAAAUGUGUGUAUAUGUAUAUUUGUGUCAUAUAAGUGGGUGUAAAGGUGUGUAUGUAUUUCGAUCCCCCUGUCUGUGUAACAAAAAUUGAGGAAUUGACAAUACAGUUGUCUUUGACUCAUUUAAGCUGACAUAUUGUUUGAGUAUCAGCCAAGUUUCAGUGAGUGAUCAUAAAUACAUGUUAUCUUUGUUGCAGCCAUUUUAUCUGUAUGUUUUAUUUGUUAAUCUGUUGUAAUAUUCUCCUGAACACUGGGUGGUGUAGGGGAGCAGGGAAGCAUAAAGGGGAGCUCACCAGGACAGGGGGGGUGUAUGAAACUGUUUUUAUUUUGUUUUUAUAUGAUCAGAAUAGACAGUAUUGCCAUUUACUCAGUGGUUUUGAGUCGAACAUGUCGUCUCAGUAAGUGUGUUCAUGUUCAUGGACUUGUGUUAAUCAGUCACUGCCACAUUUGCCAAAACAAUGUUGUGUCAUCCUUUGUUUUAUUUACAUAUACCUCUCAAUAUGUAGAGCAUGUGCGGCCACAAGAUGUCGCCCUGUCUGUGAGCAGCUUGUUCUCAAAGUGUUGGGGUUUCUGUUCAAUGAUGUGCCAUAAAGACACUUUUCUUGAAAUACUGUGCACUAAUCACCUUUAUGUGAAACCAUCAUUGUAAUGAAUGUCCCAACAUUUCUUUUUGUGUGUCAAUAAGUUCUGAAGUUCAUCAUUUUUAGCCAUGGAUGUGCACUUACCUACUUAUGUGUCUUUAUGUAUAUUCUGGUAUAGGUAAUGUGUGUUUUCUUCUAUAUAUUAAUAUGUUAGCUUAUUCUGUGUUAUUGCAUACCUUCUUUUUUUUUACCUGCUAUGCCACUUUUGCUGUAACAAUGUACAUGUCCCCGCUGUAGGACUACAAAAGGAUUUCUGAUU